AUGGCAACCAGACUCAAGCCCCGUUCCAACAGGACCCUAGAAGACCUCAAGAACUCCCACGAUGUCCUCUCCGGCAUGGACAGCCAGGCCCUAUGCACGUUCUGCACAUCCAAAUCCCUCGACCUCGAAACCGGUCUCAAUGCCCCCUACGGCCGCCUCCUCAAAGCCAGCAACCCGGGCAAACUCCGCUCAGACUUCUCCUCCCGCGCAGCGACCACCUCCGACGCAGCAGCCGCGGACGAACUCUUCGCCCUCCGCUGGGGUCCCACAGCCGUACCGGUCUACAACGUGACCCUCAUGUUCCUCUACCUCCACGCUCGCCAGCGCGCGCGAAAACUACCUCUCCAUCGCCUGCUUCCUCGUCGCCUCUGGCGUCAGGGUAACGGGGCGGACAUGUCAGGCACCACGGCCCUGAUGCACGCCGUUAGCACGAAACCCUACAGCGAGCCGGCCUAUGCGCAGCUCCUUCUUGACGGUGGAGGGGAGAUAAACACGGGGAACCGCUUCGGCUGCAUGGCUGCGCACGACAUCGUCAUGGUGCGGCCCGGCAGCGGUAUGGAGGGUAAGGCUGUGGAGACGCUGCGGUGGUUUGUUGAGCAUGGGGGCGAUGCGAGGAUUGCGGAUGCGGAUGGGGAUGGGGUUACGCCCGUAAGUAUGGCGGGCAAAGCCAGGAGGUUUGCUCCUCGGCUGGCGGAGGUGCUUGGGUGUGGGAUUGGGGAGGUGAAGGGGAAGGUGGUUUUUGGGCCUCCAAGGCCGCCACCGAGGUGA